AUGUGUGUCUAUAUACCCAAAUUUAGUUGGAGAAAACCCGAAACUUUCGAAUUUGACUGUCGUUUGUCUGCUAUAGUGAACCUCGCUAGCCUCCAGAUCGAAAUUUCCCGUCAGCCGAGCGAUGACAAUGCCAAAGGCUCGGUUUUGCUGUCCCCCGCUUCACCAUCUACCCAUCGCGUCGCUGACCCCACUUCGCUCUCCCCGUCUGUCCUCCUUACAAUGUCGCUCCCAUCCAACGCCACAGUAGAGACUAUUUCAGUCCGUCGACUGACUAUCGACAUCAACACGCCGUACAAACAAGCCAUUGAGCGUUUCCGCUCCCUGGUGCCGCCUAUCAAGCUGGGCGACCUACGCAAUGCAACUAGCCCCGAUCAAAUCGAAGCAGUAGUUUGCGACACCGCGACAACAACCGAGUUUGUACUAUUCACUGAAUUUAACCACGGGCAAUGGAUUCGUCAUUUUCCUCCGUUUACAACGACGCCAGAGACCGCUGGCGCCGGACGCGGAGUCCACCGCUUCAUCUUUGGAAACCCUUUGUUUGCGAUCACGAUGAUUCGUGAGGACGUCGAAGCAGCCAUGCAUGUUCCCUUGGACUGUGGCUUCUUUGAGCAAGCAGACGAAUCGGCAAAAAUGGUGAUUUUGUUGCCAGAUGGUCUCGUCGCCGGACACGCCGGUGCGGCUGAGAACGAGGCGCUACAUGUGGCCGCGCUGGCGCUAGAGGCUAAGGUGUUCAAACUGGUGGAAGCUAUAGCAAAUUCCUAG